AAUAUUUUGGUGUGGGCUUCGGAAAAUGCGCACGCUAGGGCCAGAAAUUGGAAUGUGGCUGAGUCACGUGUCUGCCAUGCGCUGUGGCUCGACGUGGACUCCACUGACUGUGGCUUUGUUUUCCCUGACUUAGCCCGGACCCACUGGGCAUCUGCCAAUCCUCCGACUCCGACAGGGGCCCGAACGCCUCGACCAAGCGGCGGCCUCUGAUGAAGAAUUCAAAGUUGCAUUAAACUGGAAAGUUCUGCCAGUUAUUAAGCAGUCAGGACCUCAGUAGAGCUUUCGAGCUUGUAUUGGAUCGCCCUGCCUUGAUUUAUAUUAUUGCGCGCUUGACGAGACCAAGGUUGCUGCCGGCUUUUCUGUUCUGCUUUCUCCCGAGUCGGUCGAUUCGACCAACCAAGUCCGCGACCCUAUCCCUCCGCGCGCCUCGCUGCCAUAACUCCCGUAGCGGCAACAUUCAGACGCCACCGGAUACCGCGACAUUACAAUGGGUCAAAGCGUGUCUUGGUUGUCCAACUUGUUCUGGGCGAAGAAAGAGAUCCGGAUCCUCAUCCUCGGCCUGGACAAUGCUGGAAAGACAACACUCCUAUACAGGCUCAAGAUCGGCGAAGUCGUAACAACGAUACCGACGAUCGGGUUCAACGUCGAGUCUGUCACAUACGGGAAGCUCAACUUCAAUGUCUGGGAUCUGGGUGGGCAGACAAGCAUUCGGCCGUACUGGAGGUGUUAUUAUGCGAACACGGCAGCUGUCAUCUUCGUGGUGGACUCGACCGAUAUCGAGCGUCUACAGACGGCUGCCGAUGAGCUUGCGGCCAUGCUGAACGAAGAAGAACUGAAAGACGCAGCUCUCCUGGUGUUUGCGAACAAGCAGGAUCAACCAGGGGCGAAGGGUGCGGCCGACAUCUCACAAGCGCUCCGACUCGGUGAACUCAGGGACAGGAAUUGGAGCAUCAUGGCGUGCAGUGCGGUGGAGGGUUCGGGGAUCCAGGAAGGAAUGGAUUGGCUUUCGCAAACCGUAUCACAGGAUUGAAGGACGGUGCGGUUCCUGACUCGUGACAUGUGGGCUUCUGUACAUGAUGGGUAUGGCUCUUAUAUCAUUCCGGCCUCUUGGGUACUGGGACAAGGCUGCCGACCUUGCGGCGUUUGGACGGCUAUCCGCCUCGGCUCAUGGACUGCACAUCAUGCGAAGGCGUAGGCUGCAUCAGACGGGGUAGGACAGCGUUUCGGCACAUGGAUAUACGAACUUUACAAUUUUUAAUGCAUGAGACCCGGCACCGUACUGUUGGGCAUUAUUUUCGCAAGACUUCACAUAACGUUACGGGAGCAAAUCAAUGUGUUUCUAAGUGGUUACGCAGAUUUUGGGUAUCUAGAGUAAUGCUGCCAUUGUUCGCCAGAUCGUCCGCAUAGGC